AUGACAGAUCCUCUUAUAAAUUCACAAGUCAAUUCAAUUAGUCCAACUAUUUCACCACCUACUAUUGUUAAUCAAGACCCAUCCAAACAAUUAGGUUCUGUUAGUGUAGAUGAUACAAGUGAUGAUUAUGUUAAUGAAACAUUUCCGUUAAUUGCACAUUGGCGUGAUUCUUUUAACUCUAAAGAACAACACUCAAACGAAUUCUGUAUUGUAAUAUCAGUGCUUAUGACAAUGGCUGCUUUGAUUAUUUUAUUUAUUAUUUGUAUUAUUGUUAUCAUAUUAUUUGUACUGUUAAAGAGAAGAUGA